GGGCAAGGUUCUUAUGGUCCUCUAUGACGGCGGUGAGCACGCCAAACAGCAACCUGGCCUUCUUGGUACCACCGAGAAUGAGCUUGGUUUGAGAAAGUGGCUCGAGGAGCAGGGCCACACUCUGGUCACCACCUCCGACAAGGAGGGCGAGAACUCCACUUUUGACAAGGAGCUGGUCGAUGCCGAAGUCAUCAUCACCACCCCUUUCCACCCUGGUUAUCUCACCGCAGAGCGCUUGGCCAAGGCCAAAAACCUGAAGCUCGCCGUCACUGCCGGUGUUGGUUCUGACCAUGUUGACCUCAAUGCCGCCAACAAGACCAACGGGGGUAUCACUGUCGCCGAAGUCACUGGUUGCAAUGUUGUCUCUGUCGCCGAGCACGUUGUCAUGACCAUUCUGACUCUGGUUCGCAACUUCGUCCCUGCCCAUGAGCAGAUCCGCAACGGUGAAUGGGAUGUUGCCGCGGUUGCCAAGAACGAGUUCGACCUCGAGAACAAGGUCGUUGGAACCGUUGCUGUUGGACGUAUCGGUGAACGUGUGCUGCGCCGUCUCAAGCCCUUCGACUGCAAGGAGCUGCUCUACUACGACUACCAGCCCCUCAAGCCUGAGGUUGAGAAGGAGAUUGGCUGCCGUCGUGUUGACAACCUCGAGGAGAUGCUCGCCCAAUGCGAUGUUGUCACCAUCAACUGCCCUCUGCACGAGAGCACUCGCGGUCUCUUCAACAAGGAACUCAUCUCCAAGAUGAAGAAGGGCUCUUGGCUCGUCAACACUGCCCGUGGUGCUAUUGUUGUCAAGGAGGACGUUGCCGAGGCCGUCAAGUCCGGCCACCUCCGCGGCUACGGUGGUGAUGUCUGGUACCCUCAGCCCGCCCCCAAGGACCACCCUCUUCGGUACGUCCAGGGCCCCUGGGGCGGUGGUAACGCCAUGGUUCCUCACAUGUCCGGUACCUCGAUCGACGCCCAGAUCCGUUACGCUCAGGGCACCAAGGCCAUCCUCGACAGCUACUUCUCCGGUCGCCACGACUACAGACCUGAGGAUCUCAUCGUCAAGGACGGUGACUACGUCACCAAGGCCUACGGUCAGAGACAGAAGUAAAUGUCACAAUCACUUUAUGAAGCGAAUGACUGAAUGUAUUUAUUCUUGCACAUUUCUUCGGUUCACUCACCUUUAUGAGUGACUUACCUAUCUUAUGAUACCUAAAUGGCAUUUCUCUUUCUUCAAUCCGUUGGUUACUAGGCGAGUUCUAACUCGGCUCUUACUCUUAGUUCGAAGUGCAAGAUUAAUAGCUGAUUGUAGUGUUAAGAUUGAGUCACCAUGUCAUGUACGCGGUUACAUGCUUGAUACGCAAUACAGAUGCUCGGCGGCAUUUGGUGGGAGUAGUGUCCUUAUUCUACUGCUCAGUGCUUGUCAGGGGCAUACAUAGUUUGGCUUGGGACUAGCUGGUGGAGACCGUCGAUCAGCUAAAGCUUAACCCUUUUAGAGUUGCUUCACCUGUAGGCGCAAUCUUGCUCCCUUGGAACCAUG